AUGUCUACCCAGGACGGCAGGGUUGACAUCCAUGUCCAGCUUCCAGAAGAUGUUUGCUAUCUGAUUGCCUCGCAUAUCCGACGACCCUCGAAUCUCCGGAGCUGGAUGCUAACGCGUCGCGACGCUUACAACGGUGGUCUCCACCAUCUCUACCACAAUGUUCGGGUUCGAUUCAGUGCUGGAGAACAGGAGACGAUCUACAAUUUCUGCUCUCCGGACAACAAAGGGCUGAGACACAUCCGCCACCUUGAGUUGUUGCCCCAAACUUCAAUGCUCAGAAAAGUCUCGCGUUGGCAUCCUGAAGAUGGAACUCAGCGAUUCGAGGAGACUGACAGAAAGUCUGGAGAUCGAGCGUACCGAUUUUACCACAUGAUACAUGACGUGACCGAUGAAAAGUCUGGAGACCCAGCGUAUCCAUUUCAACUCAUGAUACACAAGAUGCUGAGAUCCAUUCCCCCUGAUGGCCUCCUGUCGUUUUCAGCCCACAAGUAUUUCUCCAACACCGCGGUCAGACUGUUGAUGCGCCAUCAGACCUGUCUCGAACAUCUCCAUCUGGACCGUCAUAAGCCUUGGUCAGCUAGCGUAGCCGAUCGUCUCAAGCCAACUAACCUCAAAUCCCUGCACUUUCCAUGGUGUGAACUGCAGGCUCACAGCUUGGACCUCGCUGAUGGUCGCAAUCUUGCCCAUCUCAUCUCUACCAAUGCAAAGUUGGAAUGCCUCACUAUUGAUCACUCGCAUCAUCCCCGUGUGAAGGACACUGGCUGGAAUUUGUUCUGGACUGGAAUGUCCAGUCUCAGCUUCUGUCCAUCAACGAUCACUAAGCUAGAGUUGUACCAUGUACAGUUACCAGAUGACUGGAAACAGUUGCCUUUGUUCAGUAAUCUAGUAGCUCUUCGAUCGCUACGAUUGGUUGAUUGCGAAGACACAGAAGACAUCAUCGCUGCAUUACAGACCCUGCAGACAUCCGGAUCCGUGAUUAGCUUGCAGGAGUUGUUCAUCUUUGCCAUCAACCCCAGGUUCCUCGGCUGGACUCGCCACCAUAUCGACGAUGGCAUGAGAGUCCAAUUGGGAACAUUUUUGCAGUCGUUCUCCGGACUGCGUAAGCUGUGCAUCUACGCGAAUUAUGGCGCCACAUGCCAUUUUCCCAUUGAAAUCAGCUGGUUACUUGGCCAUGCUUCAACUUUGGAGUACCUGGAUUUACAGUCCGUGCUGUCAUGCUUCUCUGGAGAGCAACAAGGACAUAUCUCGUCCACGAAGCUUGAGGAGCUAUGUGAUACCUGUCCGAAUCUUCGUCAGCUCGGCAUUCCACUCUUCUAUCACCAGCGCAUCGAGAUCUGCCCCAUGUCUCUCUACAUUCAGUCCAUGGAAUGGAUGCGCAUUCUUGCAAAGCUCAAGCACUUACAAACUUUGAAGUGCAUCGGCUAUCCUGGAAACCGAGCUCUGUACCUUCCACGACAAUCAGCCGAAGCCAAUCGUGAGGAAAAUCUCGAACAAUGCCGAACUCUGGUCGAUGCAUACUUCAACACGCUCAAGAGACAUGCAGGGCUACUUGGUUAUUGCAGUCAAGUCAAGGUUAUUGCUUUUACAGAUCCUUCUUACGAUUGCCAUAGUGUCUUCCAAGAAGACCAACGCCGUCAUGACGCAGACAAGCACUCUGACAUCGACGCUCUGAUCUAUCUCAACGAAAAUCUUUCGGGUGUCCCUGGAGUCGGCUCCUGGAAGCUUAGUUCUCGUGAAGACGUUUUCCGUUCCGAGGACGCGACAGACCUCGUUCAUUGGAAAAACCUUCGUUGGUCAAUAAACAAGGAGAGCAACCCCCGUAAAAACAACAUGUACCAGGUUACUCAGUGGCCAAUUCGAGACUGA